GUGCUAUAUUGUAGCCCCAUUAUUUGCAUACAUUUCAAAGAGUACUCUUUCAGUAUUGCAUUGCAGGUUAAUUUGUGAGUCUUUGUGUGUGAGAGCGAGAGAGAGAGAGAGAAGAAGAUGGGGAGGCAGCCAUGUUGUGACAAGGUUGGAUUGAAGAAGGGUCCAUGGACAGCAGAGGAAGACAAGAAACUCAUCAAUUUCAUCCUCAUUAAUGGCCAAUGCUGCUGGAGAGCUGUUCCUAAGCUUGCAGGAUUGUUGAGGUGUGGGAAGAGUUGCAGGCUAAGAUGGACAAAUUACUUAAGGCCAGACUUGAAGAGGGGACUUUUAUCAGAAUCUGAAGAGCAAAUUGUCAUUGAUCUUCAUUCUCAGCUUGGCAACAGAUGGUCAAAAAUUGCUUCAAAUCUACCUGGAAGGACUGAUAACGAGAUAAAGAAUCAUUGGAACACACAUAUAAAGAAAAAACUGAGAAAAUUGGGCAUUGAUCCUCUGACCCACAAGCCACUCUCCACCAUUGAAGAAUCACAUCAGGAACGGCAAUUACAGCCACAGCAAGAACAGCAGGAGCAGGAAAAUAGUAAGGAAGUUGCAGAGACAUCAUUAGAAUCAACAAUCAAUGAAGUCAUGAGAGAGGAAGAGAAGAGCACAUUGAUGUUUGACCCAAUGGAAGCCAUGAUCAAUAGUUUCAGCACAGAUGAAGUUCCAUUGAUUGAGCCUGAUGAGAUACUGGUUCCAUCAUCAUCAUCUUCUUCUUCUUCUUCAUCUUCUUCUGGUUCAAAUAACAUCAACAACAUACUUGAAGAAUUCCAGCUGCCAGAUUUUGAGUGGCAAUUGGGUUUGUGGGACAAUGAUGACUUCACCAGUUGGGAUUUGGAUCCUCCAAGAAUGGUUUUGGAUCAAGAUUACUCUUGGACUACAAUGUAACUUUUGGGUUUUUUUUGGGGAAUGUUGGUAAUUUGGCUGUUAGUAGUGGUCACAGAGAGCAAAUAAAUAAAGAAUCUUGGAAAAAAAAUCACAUUUUCUUUUUUGAAAAAGUGAAAAGGCCAAAAAAUAAAAGAUUUUAUAUGAUCUGUUGUGUUGUCA